UCAUACAGAUUAUGGUUCAAUGACAAUCCUCUUUCAAAAAGAUAUUGGCGGUCUAGAAAUUCAACCACCUGAUACUGAUAAAUGGUUCCCCGUUCCAGUCAUUCCAAAUCAUGUAUUAAUCAAUAUUGGCGAUUGUUUAGGUUUUUGGACAAAAGGUCUAUUUAAAUCUAUUAUGCAUCGAGUUUCAUUUGACAGUGAAAAUUUUAGUUUAGAUAGGCAUAGUAUUGCGUAUUUCUGUAUUGCUGGAUCUGAUAUUAAAUUAGAUCCAAUUCCUUCAAAAUUUAUACCUACAAACGAAAAAAAUAAGGAUGAAAAAAUUUUAACUGCUGGCGAGCAUUUGAUGCGAAGAGUUAGUGCCGCAUAUGGCAACUAUUAA